AUGUCAUUUUCCAUGGAACGACUGGUGGUGAUUGCGCUCUUGAUUCAAUUUUGUACCUUCAACUUGGUGGCUUCAGAUUGGAUCGACCCGGACACUCCAGAGGAGGCCAAAACCACGCAACCCUUGACGGUGACGCCCUACUUUGUCAGAAAGACUGCCCCAAAGGAGGAUUCAGAUUCAAAGAAGGAAAAGAAUGAGACCAAGGCGCCAACAACGGCGGCUCCAACAUUUGCUCCGACCAUUAAACCGACACCUUUUCCAACGUACUCAUCACAUAAGUACGAGCUAGUAUUUUCUGAAGAAUUCAAUACUCCAGAUCGAACGUUUGAAGAUGGAACGGAUCCUCGAUGGACGUCUCUAGAAAAGAAUGAUUACACGAAUGACGCUUUGCACUACUAUUCAACGUCGAAUGCCAGGACCAAAGAUGGUAGCCUGGUAAUCAAGACCGAAGCAUCCGAUACCGAUGUUGUGGGAUUUGACGAUGUAAAGAGAAAGAAUACCCACGUGACGAAACACUUCAAGUCCGCCAUGUUACAAACCUGGAACAAAUUCUGUUUCACAGGAGGAAUCAUUGAGGCAGAAGUCGAACUUCCUGGAAAGCACAACGUUGGUGGACUGUGGCCCGCCUUUUGGUUACUGGGCAACCUUGCUCGGCACACCUACGUCGGAUCUUCAGAACAUAUUUGGCCCUGGAGCUCGGGAGUCUGCACAACGAAGAGUUUCAGUGCUCAACACAUUUCGGCUUGUCGUGAAGUUGGCCAUUACGGAAUGUUGCCCCAUGUCGGCCGUGGAUCUCCCGAAAUGGAUAUCUUUGAAGUACAGCCAGGUGAUAUUAAGGCCAACAAUGGCCCCUUCCUACGAUCAUCUGUCGGUCAGCCGUUCAUGAGUGCUUCCUUCCAGGUUGCACCCGGUCUUAGCAACUUUCGUCCAGGACCAGGAUAUUGGCCUGGGCCCGGACAAUGGUAUACUGGUUUGGUCGGAGGCAAGAACACGUCACUAAAUGUUGGAUUUUAUGGCAACUACAAUCAUUUCAGAGGCGAUCCUCAUCCGGAGAAGUCUGAUUAUUGGAGCGAUGCCAUUAGUUACAAUAGACAGUUGGACGCAAGUCACUUCAAUGGAUCUCACACUUAUCGACUCGAGUGGGAUGUGCCGACCGCAGAAAAGGAUGGUUACUUGCAUUGGUUCCUUGAUGGGGAAUUGGUCCUUGCGAUCAACGGCACUGGAGUUGCGACUGCUGGGGAAGGAUCCGAGAUUUCGAGUGAACCGAGUUACAUUAUCCUCAAUACAGCCGUGUCAAAGCAAUGGGGAUUCCCGAUUCAAUGCCCAGCUGGCUGCGAAUGUAAAGAGUUUGAUUGUCACUCGUCCAACUACUCGGCGCAAUGCGGAUUCUCCCCUGGCUUUUGCAAAAUGAUGCUGGAAGGGGAUCCUGAGUAUAAGAUCAAUUCAAUACGCGUAUAUCAAAAUCCCGAUUUUGAGGAACAAAAGGUUGGCUGUUCGACGCCCGAACGUCCAACUCGCAGGUACAUUGAGGGGCACGCUGAUUUGUACAAGGAAGAUAAAGAUGAACGGCCGUUGAAAUCAAUUCAACAAGGACGAGGAAAUUGCCGCCCGGGAGUCACCAACAAUGCUCGUGACAUCUGUGGUGGUGCCGAACAUGGAACCUGUACACGUGGAAAGGUCUGCGAAUGUAAAAAGGGAUGGACUGGUCCACAUUGUCUGGCCUCGGCGGGCUACAACACAAUCGAAUGGGACGUCCCUGAUAGCAUCGCUGACUUGGGAUUUAUUCCUCCUUCCAUGUUUCCAAGAGCACUGCUCAUUGGAUUGCUUCUGAUUAUCGUCGCCUUCUUUUUAGCAAUGCAGCUUCGAUCGCGAUUGGGAGGAUGGACACCGAUCCCCGAAGUGGAUACGAAACCACGGUCAUGGCGCGGACCUUCCUGA